UUCCCUCGGCUCAGCGGUCUCAGGUUGUACAGCUAAUGCUGCGAGGUAGUCCCGACAGUCUCCCAGUUCCCAGAGCAGCCGCCAGGUGUUUCAGUCCGCGCUCCUAGUCUCCCGUCGGGCCGCAGAGCCCGAGCUCUGAGCAGAAUGGAUCCUUCUUUGGAUACAUGGGACUUCUCACCUUUAAUACCAUUAUGGAUAAACAGAUACUACAUAUAUUUGGGCUUUGCCCUUGGUAUUAGCCUUUGGAUUUGUUUCCAGAUUGUCAUCAGGAAGCAGUCGUUUAUCUUCAAAGGCAAGAACUCACAGGAAAGAUCGAUUCCAAAAGCAACUCGGGAUUUGAUGACAGAUGGUUAUAUCUCUCUUCACAAAAAGGAAGACUUUGUGUCUGGAGUGAAGAUUUUCUAUGGUUCCCAGACUGGUACAGCAAAGGAAUUUGCAACAAUUCUUGCCGAAGCUGUUACCUCCCUGCACCUGCCUGUGACAAUUAUUAAUCUGAAAGAAUAUGAUCCAGAUGAUAAUCUAGUAGAAGAGGUCACUAGUAAAAUUGUUUGUGCCUUCCUGGUUGCUACAUACACUGAUGGUCGACCAACCGAGAGUGCAGAGUGGUUCUGCAAAUGGUUAGAGGAAGCAUCCAAUGAUUUUCGAUUUGGCAAAACUUACCUAAAGGGUAUGAGAUAUGCGGUGUUUGGCCUGGGAAAUUCUGCCUAUGCAAGCCACUUCAACAAGGUGGGCAAGAAUGUUGAUAAGUGGCUAUGGAUGCUUGGUGCUCAUCGCGUGAUGACUCGAGGGGAGGGUGACUGCAAUGUGGUUAAAAGCAAACACGGCAGCAUUGAAGCUGACUUCAGAGCUUGGAAGAGCAAGUUCAUCUCCCAGCUCCAGGUGCUUCAUCAAGGAGAGAAGAAAUCCUGUGAUGGCAAUUGCAGAAAAGGCAAAUGUGAAUCUAGUCAGCACGGCUCAGAGGAAAUGGAGCCAGGGUCUCAUACCAAGGACAGAUCGCAUCAGAGAGACCCUGAGGAGGAGGAGGAGCCCUUUGAGAGUUCCAGUGAGGAAGAAUCUGGUACUGAGGACCACCAGAGUCUGACUUCUGUUGUUGAUGUUGAGGACCUUGGCAAAAUUAUGAAUCUUGUGAAGAAAGAAAAGAGAGAAGAGGAGCAGCAGGAAGAGAAAGCGGGUGUGUUCAGGAACACAGUGAAGAAGGAAGCCAGUGAAAGGAGAGCUAUGAUCACUCCUGCCCUCCGAGAAGCCCUUACUAAACAAGGUUAUCAGUUGAUUGGGAGCCAUUCUGGGGUGAAGCUUUGCAGGUGGACAAAGUCAAUGCUCCGAGGGAGAGGAGGUUGCUAUAAGCAUACAUUCUAUGGCAUUGAAAGCCAUCGUUGCAUGGAAACCACCCCGAGCUUAGCAUGCGCAAAUAAAUGUGUCUUCUGUUGGCGGCACCACACCAACCCCGUGGGCACUGAAUGGCGGUGGGAGAUGGACCAGCCUGAAGUGAUUUUAAAGGAAGCCAUUGAAAACCAUCAGAACAUGAUCAAGCAGUUUAAAGGAGUACCAGGUGUCAAAGAAGAACGUUUUAAAGAAGGAAUGAAGGUGAAACACUGUGCAUUGUCCCUUGUGGGAGAACCUAUCAUGUACCCAGAAAUCAACAGAUUUUUGAAGCUACUCCAUGAGUGCAAAAUCUCCAGUUUCCUGGUCACAAAUGCACAGUUCCCUGUGGAAAUCAGGAACCUCAAACCGGUUACCCAGCUAUACGUCAGUGUGGAUGCUAGCACCAAAGAUAGCCUGAAAAAAAUUGACCGACCACUCUUCAAGGACUUCUGGCAAAGAUUCCUCGACAGUUUAAAAGCCUUGGCAGCAAAGCAACAGCGUACUGUCUACAGACUGACUCUAGUGAAAGCAUGGAAUGUGGAUGAACUCCAAGCCUAUGCUGAGCUGGUGUCUCUAGGGAGUCCCGACUUCAUCGAAGUGAAGGGUGUUACCUACUGUGGAGAGAGUUCAGCAAGCAGUCUCACCAUGGCUAAUGUGCCCUGGCAUGAGGAAGUGGUACGCUUUGUACAUGAGUUGGUGGAUCUGAUCCCCAACUAUGAGAUUGCUUGUGAACACGAACAUUCCAAUUGCCUCCUGAUUGCUCACAGAAAGUUUAAGAUUGGUAGAGAAUGGUGGACAUGGAUUGAUUAUAACCGCUUCCAGGAACUUGUCCAGGAAUAUGAAGACAGUGGCGGAUCAAAGACUUUCAGCGCAGAGGAUUACAUGGCCAAAACUCCGCACUGGGCAUUGUUUGGGGCCAGUGAGAGAGGCUUUGAUCCCAAGGACACAAGAUAUCAGAGAAAGAACAAAUCAAAGGCUAUUUCUGGAUGUUGAGAUGAUCUGAAUUUAGGAUACUUGAAGGACAAAAACUGAUGGCCCUCAGACUCCACUGUGAUUUUUUUCAAGGACAAAUGACAUGAAUUAUAUUCCAUACACAGGAGAUGGGAAGGCAGAGCGUGGGGAUGCGAGUCACAUCCUGGGGCUGCGGGGGAAGCAUCCACACUUGGA